AUGAAGAACACUUGUACAGAUGAGCUUCCUCUUACCAUGAAUUCUUCAGAAAGGCAAGAAACUGUAUGUAUAUUUGGAACUGGAGAUUUUGGAAGAUCAUUGGGAUUUAAAAUGCUCCAAUGUGGCUAUUCAGUUGUUUUCGGAAGCCGAAAUCCCCGGAUGUCCAAUAUGCUGCCCAGCGGUGCUGAGGUCUUGAGUUAUUCAGAAGCAGCCCAGAAAUCUGACAUCAUAAUUGUAACAAUCCAUAGGGAACAUUAUGAUUUUCUCACAGAACUAACUUUAGUUCUAAAUGGGAAAAUAUUGGUCGACGUCAGCAACAACCUCAAAAUUAAUCAGUAUCCAGAAUCUAAUGCCGAGUACCUUGCUCAGUUGGUGCCUGGAACAUAUGUCGUGAAAGCAUUUAACACCAUCUCAGCCUGGGCUCUCCAGUCAGGGGCACUGGAUGCAAGUCGACAGGUAUUUGUCUGUGGAAAUGACAGCAAAGCUAAGCAAAGAGUGAUGGAUAUUGUUCGUACUCUUGGACUUACUCCACUGGAUCAAGGAUCUCUCACAGCAGCCAGUGAAAUUGAAAACUACCCGCUACAACUAUUUCCAAUGUGGAGGUUCCCUUUCUAUUUGUCUGCGGUGCUAUGUAUCUUCUUCUUUUUCUACUGUGUUAUAAGAGAAGUAAUUUUCCCUUAUAUUUGUGAAAAGAAAGAUGCAACCUUCCGGAUGGCCAUCUCGAUUCCAAACCGUAUCUUUCCAAUAGCAGCACUUAUACUGCUUGCCUUGGUUUACCUCCCCGGUGUUAUUGCUGCCAUUCUGCAGUUGUAUCGAGGAACAAAAUACCGCCGAUUCCCAGACUGGCUGGAUCAUUGGAUGCUUUGCAGAAAGCAGCUUGGCUUAGUAGCACUAGGCUUUGCCUUCCUUCACGUCCUCUACACACUUGUAAUUCCCAUCCGCUAUUUCGUACGAUGGAAGCUGAAAAACAUAACCAUUACCGAGAUGAUAAACAAUAAAGGCAGUCCAUUCAUUACCUCUUCAGCUUGGCUUAGUGACUCCUAUGUGGCUUUGGGAAUCCUUGGAUUUUUCCUAUUUGUACUCUUGGGAAUCACAUCAUUACCAUCAGUUAGCAACAUGGUCAACUGGAGAGAAUUCCGAUUUGUACAGUCCAAACUCGGUUAUUUGACCCUGAUCUUGUGCACAGCCCACACACUGGUGUAUGGGGGAAAGAAAUUCCUCAGCCCUUCAGUUCUCAGAUGGGGGCUCCCUUCAGCCUACGUGUUGGCACUCAUCAUUCCUUGCACUGUGUUGGUGAUCAAGUUUAUCCUCAUCAUGCCAUGUAUAGACAAGACCCUUACUCGCAUCCGACAGGGAUGGGAAAGAAACUCAAAGAUGUCAUCAGUGCUGAAUGGAAAAACAGAUAUUUAA